AUGGCCUCGCUCCACCGAGGCAGCUUUCACGAGCGCGCCGUCCACAUGUCGCCUCACAUCGAAAACUGGGACGACGAUGACGACUUCCACGGCGACUUGUUCGCCCAGAGCGCUUCGUCGCACGCCAACCUCUCGCGCUCGUCGCGCGCCCCGUCGCUGCGCUCCGAGUCAGCCGCCGGCGAGGAGGACUGGCAGGUCCUGCUCGCUCCCAACGACGAGGCCUCGACUAAAGAUGCCAUCUCCUCUGCCAAACAUGCUGGAAUCCCCAUUCCUGCCUCUGUGCCGUCCUCGGCUCUUCUCGGUGGAACCAUUAAGCGUCUGGGAAAGAAGCCAUCCCGGCAGAAGAUCCACCAAGAUGAUGACUGGGCCGACGACCUCGAGCUGCCCGGUCCAAGCUCGGGCACCCUGAAAUUAAAGACUCCCCAGCGUCCCCAAACGCCUUCCCAAGACGAGGAUGACUUCGAGGACUGGGCUGAAGGCGGUUCCCUUGGCAUUCGCUUUGGUGGUACGCGACGCGACACACGCACCCGCGGUUCCUCUGUGUCUGCUGCCAUGAGCCCCAGCAUGGGCAGCUGCAUGACCCUCGAGAGUGAGGACGACGACUUUGGCGGCCUGGUGCUUCCCAAAGAACCCAUCGACUUCAAUGCCGUGCUGCGCAAGCGCCAGGACGUCGAGACCGACGACGAAAAGACUCCCCAGCCCGAGCCACGCCCUCCGCAGGAAGGCGCCGCCGACAUUGACCACCAGGAAGAGCAUGAGGAAGCUGAGGCCGCCGCGCCGCCGCCGCCGCCGCCCGUUGAAGAAGCCGCCCCCCAGUCCGACAACGAGACCGUGCCUGAAGCGGCGCCAGACCACCCCCCAGCUGAGCCGGAGCCACAAUCUGCGCCGCACCCAGCGCUACCCAUGCCGCUGGCGACCCUGAAGUCUGUUCCCGAGGACGACGACUUCUUCGAUGACCUGGACGUGGGAUCUGGAGACAUUUUGGAUCCCGCCAGACUGACUGUUAACCGCAACGUCAAGGUCAAUUCAAACAACAAGCCGCCGCCCACACCCAACGUCCGCGCCACCACGACUCUCACCUUCACCGACAAGCCGUCUGUGACCUCGACCUCUCGCAUACCCAGGCCAAUGGCUCCUGUAGCACCUCGAUCCCGGCUUGACCCCGUCUACGAGUCGGGCGCCUUCUACCCAAACCGCAACGGCCGGAUAGGUCCCACCACAACCAGCGCCCAGCUGCUGAGGGCCAAGCGCUCGGCCCCAGUGCUUCGCAGUGACUACAAACCGAGCAACAAGCAGCCGACUAAGCCCUUUCUCCCUGCCGGCAUAUCAAACAGGCAGUCGCAACACAUUGCCACCAAAUCCUCCAUGGGCCAGCUUCGUCGCGACUCUGAUCCCCGCGCUCUCUCGCCCACCCCCCGAACAUACUCUCGGCUCUCGCGUCAGGUGGAGACACCCAGUCGGACCGGAAACCGAAAGGACAUCGCUCCUGCUUCCCUGGUUCGAGAGGCUGCGACAAAGCGCAUGUUCACAAAGCCUGCACGCAAACGCAACUUCGGCGAUGGCUCCGAGCUUGAUGCAUUCGAUGAUCUGCCAACUUCGUCGACGAAGGAGAACAAAUACGUCAAGCAGCCUUCUAACCGUCAGCCAUCCAAGAUGAUCCGACAAGUCAGCCACAGCAAGUUGCCGAUCAACCCCGAGACGUCCAUGCAGACGCCUCAGCCACCGACGCCGAAGAAAACUCUCCGACGCGAGAACACACCCAGCUUCGCACGUGACACCGCGUCAAGUCGGAUAGCCAGGGAGGAACGACUAGGUGGGCCCAAGCAACGACCGGACUCCGGGCCUUUAAUGCCGAUCAACACUAACUGGAAAACUCAAGUCGCCACGCGGAAUCCUCCAACUAGCCCGCAAGCGAAUAGAAAAAGGGCCACGGGACAGAAGCCCUACCUGAUCAAGCAGAUGAACACACCCGCAGUCAAGAACGAGAAGGGCAUGACGUACAAUCCGGUUCUCCACCGCUGGGAGGGUAACGAAGGCGCGCUAAACCGAUUUUCGUCGCCUGUGCAGGAGGUCAAACGUCCGCGCAUUGCCUCUAAUCACUCAUACUCGUAUUCUCAGCCUCAGGCUCCUCCUACUCAUCACCAGCACACGCGUUCAACCCCAUCAUUCCCGACGCCUGCACCGGCGCCGAACGCAAGCUCACCACCGCGACCAGCCCUUAUCUCGCACAUCUCGUCGUCGCGUGGCGUUCAGAUUGAGAAAGGCAUGGUUUUCGACCCUCGCAAGAUGUGCUGGCUUAAACUCGACCCGCGUCACACGGGCCCGAUAUCUCCUGCUGCCUCUAUCGGGGACGAGUCGGAUCCGUUUGCUGAUAUCGAGGACCUCAAGGAUGACGUCGAGGUUGGUGCUGGUGUUGGUGGAUACUUCUCCAUCCAAGGAACCGCCAGUGUCGCACAGACUCCCAUGGAGACGUUCGUGUCCGAGGAGUUCGACCUUGGUCCCGGCUUCAUCCGACGUCAACGCGAAGAGGAAGAAGUCUGGCGUAGGAGAGUCGAGGGCUGGGUCGGCGAGAGACGAGAGUUUCUCGGCGAUGACUGGCGAUGGGCAAUCAGGGACCUGUCCAUCGAAAUGGCCGAGCAUCUUCCUCGGUAA